AUGUUUGAGGCAAAAGCACCCAAGAGUGCGCAAUUCCUGCGACGGAGAUCUGCCCGUGCUGGUCAAUCGCGUCCCAAAGCUACCGCGACCCGCUCGAGGGUGACCCGGUCAAGACCUGCAACGCAGCAUAAGGGAUUAUCGGUCGUUAUCCCUGUUAAGGCGGACCUUAAUAAGAAGAAAAAAAAUGGCGAGAAGAGAACGGAUAACCGUGUUAGUGUGGAGAUUGCAAAUAAAUCACCAUGGAGCGCCAUUGAUAUCGCCAGCCAGGUAUUGGACCUUGAGGAAGCCGGGGAAUGGAAUGAUCUAGACAGUGAGCUACAAGAUGAACAGGAGGAUGAACGGUUGAAUGAGGAACAAACCCCGUCAAAGGACGUCCUUCCACCCGACCCUUUUCUACCGAACGGCAUCCGAGUUACCCAAGCACGUGCGGCAUACGACGCCGGCCAAUAUCGAUCCCUCAAGGCCGCCGCUGCCGCGUGGGGAAUCUCACAGACGAUUCUCAAGCAUCGGGUGAAGGGGCCGCGGCCAUCAAGGCGGGAAGCUGCGCAUUCCCUCCAGAAGCUCGAUGCAACAGACGAGGACUCGAUCAGUAAAGAGGCACUACGACGGGUGGAAGAAGAUGACCGUCGACCGACCAAUGUGUUGAUCUGGGAGGUUGCGAAUGAUUUAUACAGGGAUAAAUGUGGUCAUUUGGGCCUCGAAUUUCAGCCGAUUGGUAGCCAAUGGCCCCAGCGCUUCUUGGUCCGCAACCCAGAUUUUCGCAAGACCUGGUCGCAGUUGAUAGAGGCUAGAAAAGCUCCGCCGCGUGCUCCCCGUCCCGGUGUUUCUUCUGGUCCCCAUCCGUGGCGCUUUGCAGAAGAUGCUAGCUCGAUCGUGGACGAUGACUUUUCGAAGUUCGAUAUCCCAAAAACUGAGGCUGAGUGCGCUACAUACUUUCGACAGAUUCGAAGCGGACCAGCUGCCACUGCUGUUCGGAUCCAGAGAUUCCUUACCCAUCUACUAGUGGAACAGGCGAAGAGCGUUGAUAUGCUUAGUCGUGUGAGAAAGGCCCUGGAAGAACCAGAGCAGCCUAAUGAAACGGCACCCCAGGUGGCCACAAGAGAGCACCAAAAGCAAUCAGGACAUACCCAGGGCUCUGCGGCGGCUGCUGCUUCGGAUAGUCGGCAACCUCCGGCAACUACAGCUUCGACGCCUAUAGUCGGCACUGGUGUUGGAAACUCUACAGCUGCAUCAUCUCAACCAUCUCAAUCUACAUCCCAGCCACCGACUGAUAACAUACCACAACGCCAGGAAGCGCAGGUACCGCAGGUACCUCCCAAUACCUCAAAUCCACCACCCAAAGCCAGCAUGCGCUCUGAGGAACGUGCAACUAUGGCGCGCCAGGCAUCCAGCGCGUCUUUACCACUUCCCACAAAUCCGUUAGCUCAACCGCAGCCAUCGCAGGACACCUUGAACACCGCAAGUUCCACACCUAUCCUCAGUAAUGCCUCUUCAACCUAUACAUCUACGCCUUCUCGCCCAUCCAUCACGACGUUCCAGCAGUUCUCUAGGAAUCACAUAUCGCAACCGUCGCAACCUCCCGACCAGCAAGAAUCUCGUGAGCCGCAGCAACCCCAGGGUACUGCUGAAUCGACGUCUGUAAUUGGAAACGCCUUGGGCAAUACAGCGGCGCCGCUGCAAUCAUCCAUGGAAUCAUUCCAGUCAUCUUCUGCGCAAGACCCGUCACUACCCCUGCAGGCUUUGCAGUCUCCGCACACUCAGGAAGCUCAGCGGGAUGAAGCUACUGCAGAUUCCAACCCUACACUCGAUAACGCCUCCCCAGCCCAUCUCUCCGAAGCCCCCCAUUCAAACCUGUCAUCAUACCAGCCUUCGACUACCUCCAUACCUCAGUUGCUGCAUCCCCCAGAGCCCCAGCAGUCUCAUGAACCCGAGAAUUCCGAGGAUGCGGCCAACUCCUUGUCCUUGCUCGGCAAUAGCCCCCCUAGCCAUGCACCUGCAUCACUUGAAACAUUAUUGUCAUCCUUCCAAACUUACCCGACAACUCACGUCCGGCAAUCUCCUCAAUCUCGAGGGGCUCAGGGGCCUCAGAAUCCCCAGAAACCUCAAAAGCCUCGGAAGCCCUCUCAGCCCCGAAAGCCUCAGCAGCCUCGCGCUCGGAAGCCUCAACAACCCCAGCCCCAGCAAACCCAGCAGUCACAGCAGCCGCAUUACCAGCAGCAGCAACAACAGCAAAAAUCGCAACCUCAACACCAACAGCAGCAAUCACUGCAGCUACCACAGCCUUCUGAACCAUCACAGCCUCUUCAACCACCUGAAUCUCCCCACCGGUCAUCUAAUCAUAUGGCCAGCAGCAUGGCUCCAUUCACUGGGUGGGGCAGUGGAGCUCUGAGUAUGACUAGUUCCAGCCCGUACCACUCAGGUAACUUUGCAACAAAUUAUGGCAGCAGCCAACCUACCCGUCCGCAGUAUUAUCCGAACGAGUACCUGCUCCGCACCGCUGUGGACCAGUCGUCGAAGCGCCGGCGCAUAGAUGACCCAAUUCAUUCGAUCAAUCACCCAGGGUACCAGUGA